AUGACAUCCAGAUCGACCUUCUUGCAAACAAUCACUUCCAAAGCCCAUUUUAAGGAGCUGGAAACAAGCUCGUCUCUGGCAGCAAUCGAACCAGACGUUAGAAGCCAGGAGUCUAGAAGUCUGCGAAUAAAUAGCAUCUUGGCAACUAUCAAUCUAUGCUCAUUGGCUUUCUUUUUGCUAGCCAAUGCGUUGAGGGAUGGUGUGUUCAUAGAAGCCAAACCACGCAAUCCAAUGGCUUCGAGCCAAUUGCAUACAAAACCGACUAUUGUUUGGUCGUCACAAAAGUCCCUGAAAGUAUCCACCCACAACUCAAGUGCCUCCACAAGCAAUAAUUGGUCUGCCACCAAGGAAUCCUUUUGCAAUCCAAUGAUGAUUGUUGCCGCUUUAGAGAAGCCAUGA